AUGGCAGCAGAAGUGGUGGUGGUAGCCAAGUUUGAUUAUGUGGCCCAACAAGAACAAGAGCUAGACAUCAAGAAGAAUGAGAGAUUAUGGCUUCUGGAUGAUUCUAAAUCCUGGUGGCGAGUUCGAAAGUCCAUGAAUAAAACAGGUUUUGUGCCUUCUAACUAUGUGGAAAGGAAAAACAGUGCUCGGAAAGCUUCUAUUAUAAAAAACCUAAAGGAUACCUUAGGAAUUGGAAAAGCGAAAAGAAAACCUGGUGUACCUGACUCUGCAUCUCCGGCUGAUGAUAGCUUUGUUGACCCAGGGGAACGUCUCUAUGCUCUCAACAUGCCUGCUUAUGUGACAUUUAACUACAUGGCUGAGAGGGAGGAGGAAUUAUCAUUGAUAAAAGGGACGAAGGUGAUCGUCGUGGAGAAAUGCAGUGAUGGGUGGUGGCGAGGUAGCUAUAAUGGACAAGUUGGAUGGUUCCCUUCAAACAAUGUAACUGAAGAAGGUGACAGGCCUUUGGGUGACCGUGUGGGUUCUCUGUCAGAGAAAUUAGCAGCAGUCGUCAGUAACCUUAAUACUGGUCAAGUAUUGCAUGUUGUACAAGCUCUUUACCCCUUCAGUUCUUCCAAUGAUGAACUUAAUUUUGAGAAAGGAGAUGUAAUGGAUGUUAUUGAAAAACCUGAAAAUGACCCAGAGUGGUGGAAAUGCAGGAAAAUCAAUGGAAUGGUUGGUCUGGUGCCAAAGAACUAUGUUACCAUUAUGCAGAAUAAUCCAUUAAUCUCAGGUUUGGAACCAUCACCUCCACAAUGUGAUUAUAUUAGGCCUUCACUUACUGGGAAGUUUGCUGGCAAUCCUUGGUAUUAUGGCAAAGUCACCAGGCAUCAAGCAGAAAUGGCAUUAAAUGAAAGAGGGCAUGAAGGGGAUUUUCUUAUUCGUGAUAGUGAACCUUCGCCAAGUGAUUUCUCAGUAUCACUAAGAGCACAAGGGAAAAACAAGCAUUUCAAAGUCCAACUAAAAGAGACUGUCUAUUACAUUGGGCAGCGUAAACUCAGCACCAUGGAAGAACUUGUAGAACAUAAUAAAAAGGCACCAAUUUUUACAAGUGAACAAGGAAAAAAAUUACAUUUUAUCAAGCAUUUGUCGUGAUGCUGAUGACCAGAAAUGACUGCUGCAUAGCUUUAAUUUGUCGUG